AAAUGGGCGGUUCUAACGCGCUGCGAUUGACCAAUGGUGUGAGGUAAAAGAAUGACGAAGAGAGACGAAGAUGCCCGAGAAGUUGUCCAGCAGGUAGCGCCACCAGUUGGAGCACUAGAUCGGAAAUAUGGCUGUAAAAUAACCAAAAUCUCUUUGUUAUAGUUAAAAUGUUUUUGUAUUAAAGUUGGAGCAAAACGUGGAGAGCUGGUGGUUGGUGGUGAAGGAUGUGGAAAAGAGUCCAGUGUGAGUAAGUUUGUGUUAGGGUGUGAUAUUAGUGGUGUGUGAAUGUGGUCGGCUCUCGGUCUAAUGGUUGGCCAUCAACCUCUGGGCUUGGGGAAAUGCGCUAGAGAUGUCUAGCGCCGCAGUGGCCAACUCCGUGAAGAUGCCGAUGUCCCGCACCCAGCUGUUCUCCGUGUCGUCGCACUCGUACCUGCCCGAGGGGGGCUCGCUGCCCCCGCUGAAGCCGGCGACGAAGGAGCAGAGUCCGCCCGCUGGUGCCGCCGCCCCCGGGGGGCUGCCCGAGCUGCAGGUGGUGGGCUCGUGUGCGUUGCAGUGCAUGCAGCCGCACAUGCUGCGCUCGAAGGGCUCCCCCGGGCCGCCCCCCGAGAAGCACAAAACCAUGGUGGCCACCCCCGAUCAGGUGAUGAAGCUCUACAUGAACAAGCUGACGCCCUACGAGCACCACGAAAUCUUCAACUUCUCCCAAAUCUACUUCAUCGGGGCCAACGCGAAGAAACGCCCCGGCAUCAUCGGCAACCCCAACAACUGCGAGUAUGACAACGACCAGGGCUCCUACUUGCACAUUCCCCACGACCACGUCGCCUACCGGUACGAGGUGCUCAAGGUGAUCGGCAAGGGCUCCUUCGGCCAGGUCGUCAAGGCCUACGACCACAAGAACCACAUGCACGUCGCCCUUAAAAUGGUACGCAACGAGAAGCGCUUCCAUAGACAGGCCCAAGAAGAGGUCCGCAUUCUGGAGCACCUCAGGAAGCAAGACAAAGACAAUACAAUGAAUAUCAUACAUAUGUUGGAUUCCUUCACGUUUCGUAAUCACAUGUGCAUCACUUUCGAACUUUUGUCCAUCAAUCUAUAUGAACUUAUCAAGAAAAACAAGUUUCAGGGCUUUAGUCUACAGUUAGUACGCAAAUUUAGUCACUCGCUACUACAAUGCCUUGAUGCUCUUAAUAAAAACAAAAUUAUACACUGCGAUAUGAAGCCAGAAAAUGUAUUGCUAAAACAACAAGGAAGAAGUGGACUCAAGGUGAUAGAUUUUGGUUCCUCCUGUUAUGAACAAAACCGCGUCUAUACAUACAUCCAGUCCCGUUUUUACCGCGCCCCGGAGGUGAUCCUUGGGGCAAAAUACGGCAUGCCUAUCGACAUGUGGUCUCUAGGUUGCAUCCUCGCCGAACUCCUGACAGGUUUUCCCCUUUUGCCGGGAGAAGACGAGGCUGACCAACUCGCGUGCAUAAUGGAACUCCUCGGCAUGCCUCCUCAGAAACUCCUCGACCAAUCGAAACGCGCCAAAAACUUCAUUAGUUCGAAGGGGAUCCCCCGAUACUGCACCUGCACGACAAUGCCCGACGGCAAAGUGAUACUCAGCGCUGGGAUCAGCCGGCGUGGAAAGCCCCGCGGCCCCCCUGGCUCCAAAGACCUGAAACGCGCACUGAAGGGCUGUGACGAUCCCUUGUUCCUCGACUUUAUCCAGCGGUGUCUGCAGUGGGACCCCGAGGUGCGCAUGACGCCCAGCGCUGCACUACGCCAUGCGUGGCUUCGCCGUCGGCUGCCCCGUCCGCCCAAUGAGAAGUCCGAGCAGCCGUCAGUCGCCACGCCAACUGGGAUGCGCACGCCCAAGAGUAACACGCUUACCAGUAAUAAAGUGCGGGUGCAGCUCAGCGAGGAACGGUCGGCGACGCUGCAUUCAGGCAAGCUGCCGCCCGUCACGUAGCCCCAAGCCUUUUAGAUUAGGUAGAAUCAUAUCGCGAGAGCGGUUUUGUCUUUUGUGAUUGCAUAUGUCAGCAACGCUGCCAAUUCGGACUGUGGAAUGUGUACAUUCCGACGUGUCAAUUCCUCCAUCUCAUCGUUACGUUCGUGUCAUGUUAUUUAUUUAUCAACAUCAGUGCUCAUGCUCCAAUUAGACUAAUAUUAUACGUGCAAUAUACCAUUGCCACUGAAGUGGGGGGAUGAAUAGACCGCCUCCCACUUCUAUACUACUUAACAAAGUUAAUCAGAUUUGAACAUCACUCAUAUUUAUUUUACUUUUUGUAUUUAUUUAUUUUAUCAUGUGAUUUAUCGAUUUUAUUAGUUUUAUGUUUUUAUUGACAUCUUUUAGGCCUUUCUUUUUACACUGAAGGGAUGUGCAUAAAAACAAUAUAUCAAAACUUUUCUAUGUAAGUCUUGUGAGAGCAUGUACCUAACGAGGAUCAAAUUUUUUCAACGUGUUUGUAAACUCGCGGUAGAAAUGAUGUAAGUAGAUUCACUUAUUUCUCAUUUCCGUAAAUGGAACGUGCAUUCAUAGAAAAUAGAAUUAUGUGAUGAAUCUAUUAGCUCUAUAACCGCUUAAUUUUUAAUUUUUUCCUCUAUACAUGAAAAUAUAGAGUAAUACUUUACAGAUAUAACGGAACACCCUAUCAUGACCUAAUAAUUAUAAAACUAGAGGAAAACAUUGAAAAUUAAUUAGGUACUGGAUUUUAAUAAUUUACAGCAAGUGAAAUAUAUUCUAUUAAUUUUUAUUGUGUUUCAAUUUUGCUCAAUAUUAUUUGCAUUUAUCUUGUGAGUCUAAUUUGGAAAUUGUGACCAAGCAAAUCGAGAUACAACAUCAUACAAUUGUGAGCAUGUGAGAUUACUAUUUCAGGGUAUAACUAGAUAGUAUGUUUUGUUUUGAGCACAACGAUGUUAAUGAUUUGUCGAAAUGGCCUUUGUUUCAUUUCUUUAUUAGUUAAAAACUGAAUCAAGACUAAGAGCUUAAUUAAUUUUGUUCCGAAAAUGUUUGUUGUCUGUACAAUGUUGGGUACAUUUUAAACCGUCAAGUGAUACGUAGAUUGUAUGAAUUUAGACAUUUUUGUACCAAAAUGUUGUAAAACGCUUGCCUGAUUGUUAAUUGAAUCAUGUAAAGUCCUUAAAUUGUUGUGAUUGGAUUUAAGGAUUUUUAGAAUUAAUUAUAUAAGCUCGGUAAUUUAGAAGAAAAAAUUCGGUAUAUGAUGUGGCAGGUAUUUCAUUUUUUAGUGUUUUUUCUUGAUUUGAAGAACUUGUCUCAUUGUUAACUGAUUGUGUACAGAUAGUGCCUAUAGCAAUGAUGUAGGAUGUCUUAAGUUGCACUUGUAAGUAGAUUAUUGUAAAUAUUAAUUUUUAAGGAUUGACUUUUUUAUUCUUUUGACUGGCAGUAAACGCUAAAAAGCAAGUAAAAUCCUACAAUAAGUUACAAAAAAAAUUGCAAUCGAUCAUCUAUUAGACACUAAUCAUUUCUUGAUAGUUUUAUUAUGAUUUUCAAUUUUUAGAUUAGAUUAUCUAUUUAACAAUUAGUAAUGUUUUUCUUAAAGUUAAUAAGACUAAAGAAAUGGUUCUGGGGUAUAAUUUUAUUCUAUUUAAUACACCAAAAUCAUUUCCUUUGUUUUAUUUCAGUUAAACAUUUUUUUUUUCUUUAUUCAUUGUGCAAAUUUUUUGAGUAAUUUAUUGCCUAAUCAUUAUCGCACCAUACUUGGGGUAAUAAAUUCAUUAGGCAAAUUUUUCGUGUUCAUCAUAUUCAGUCUAAGCUUUUUUAAACGACUCAACAUCAAAAAAAUCUGCGCAAAUGUACGAUAAUUGUAUAAAAUAAGAAAGUAAUUAAGUUCUUGUUGAAAAGAAGCUUGAUAUUUUUCCAUAUUUUUAUAUCUGACGAAAAAUUAAAGCGCACAUUUGUAUUAUAACUAAAGAUUGUGAUUUAUUAUUAAUUAAAAUAGUUUAUCGUUGUGUGAUAUAAAUUUUAACUAUUAUGCUUGACUGAUACACCCCAGCUAGGUGUUCGUUGUUGCUUUAAGUCUCAAUGUACCAAAAAGAUGUGAUUUCAAAGAAUAAGGAGCAAUAAGUAUCCUGAAUAUGGUGGGUCUUAUUUACCCAGAAGUUUUUGGUGCGGUAAUUCACGAUUUAAUAUAGAUUUUUUUAACUUACGAUUUUAGUUAAAGUAAAUUCCUGAAUAGGAGUAGUUAGAGUAAGUUGUUGUAGGGGCCCAUUGUGCUCACUUGUACAUACAGACAUGGCCCCUGACUGCUGCAAAGGGCUUGAUCUCUUUUAAUGUUACUUAUUUUAUGUAGAAGCUCGGCGUUAGUUCGUGCUCAGGCCUUAUUGAACUGCAACUUGUUCCAAUGUAAUUAAUUGUUCAUACUUUGGUGCAAAUACGAGCACCCUAUUGUGUUCUUUUAUUUUAACUACACAAGUCUUGCAUUUUAAUUUUACUCCUCGAAUACACAUAACUUAUAACUUGCUGACUAACCAUUCAAUUUAGCAAAGAUGUGAUUGUAUGUAAUUUAAGUCAUGUUUAUAUAUCAUUAACUAAUAGGAUUUAAAUAAAUCUUUCUUUAUUACAAG